UUGGAAUCCCUCCCCUUCUUCAAGUUAUUUAUUAUUUUGCACCAUGAACCAUAUUUCGAAAGAAAACUUAGAUUUACUUUUCAAAUAUGCAUUAGAAGCAAAGGAAACAUCUUAUAGUCCUUACUCCAAAUUCCGUGUGGGUGCUGCUCUUUUGACAAAAGAUGGAACAUGGUAUAAAGGAUGCAAUGUUGAAAACGCGUCUUAUGGUGCUGCUAUAUGUGCUGAACGAACUGCUUAUUGUAAAGCUAUUAGUGAAGGACAUAGAGAAUUCAUUGCUUUGGCAGUGUCUACUGAUCAAGAUGAUUUUGUCUCACCUUGUGGUAUUUGUCGUCAAUUCAUUUCCGAAUUUGGUCCAGGCUCAUUGCCUGUUUAUUUAUUGAAUACCAAAGGUGAAUUCAAAUUGAUUACGCUGUCCGAACUCUUACCACUAUCAUUCUCUCUUGAACAAGGCCAAAAGUUUUUGAUCAAAUAGUUGUUUAGAUGUUUGCUUAUUUUAUUUGAUGUAUCUAUUGGUUUAGUUGAUUUGUUGGCAGUUUAUCUUUAUUUGAAGUCAUAGUGAAUAAAUUUAU